AUGAAUAAACUUAUACCACCCCACAAGAUGCAGAAAACAACUAUUGUGGAUGGAGUAGAAAUUACAACUGACCUUUUUGAAGAAGAGCCUCAUUCACCACCAAAAAAAGAAGAAUAUAAUUCUUUGAUUAUAACACAAACACCAAUAUCUCAACAUCAUGAUAAAGAGGAUAUUGCAACAAUGAGUGAUAAAGAUAAAGAAAAUGAAAAAAAACCAACAAUAAAAAGUAAAAACAAAAAAUUAAAGAAGAAAGAAGUAAAGAAGUAUGUUUGUUCUGUUUGUGGUCAUGAGUGCAAUACAAAUGGUGCUUUAGUUUCUCAUAAAAGAAUACAUGAUCCUAAUUCAAAGAAAUAUUCAUGUCCUGAAUGUGGAAAGAAAUUUAGAACAAUGGCAGAAGUAAGAAGACACUCAGUUACUCAUACUGGAGAUAAAAAAUUUAUUUGUCCAAUUGAGAAUUGUGGGAGAUGUUUUACAACAAAGUCAUAUCUUGAUAAACAUAUUGAAUCACAUAAAACAAAUCAAACAUAUCAAUGUACAUACCAUGGAUGUAAUAACUCUUUUUUUAUGAAAAGUGAACUUAUUGCUCAUGUAAAAGAAAAACAUCAAAAUGUAGUUGGUAAUAAAAAUGCAGCAUUUUGUUGUCCUUAUGAAGGAUGUACUAAAGCCUUUGAAUAUCCUUCUCAUUUAUUUAAACAUUGUGCUGCACAACAUCAAAAGAAUGAAUUUGUUUGUGGAUUUGAAAAUUGUUAUGAAACAUUUAGUCGUGAAGAGUUGUUGUGGGAACAUAUUUCUUCAAUUCAUGGUAUGGACAAAGAAAAAUAUCAAGAAGAAAGAAUAGAAUGUCCAAAAUGUGGUGUUGUUGUAUUAAAAAGAACCUUACAACAACAUAUGAGAAAAGCUCAUACUGAGAAAUCAAUUUGUUUUAAAGAUGAUGGAACAAUUGUUACUGAUGAAAAGAAACGAUGGUUUGAAUGUUGUAAGUAA